GAAUCAUACUCGACCGACGAUUACGCUCCACUGUCAAAGUAGAAACCUCCCCAACGCUCAACUCAAGUCAAUUCAACAGAUCGCACUUACGAGUGUGAUCACCCCGUCGUCAAGACGUUUUCUAAUCUUCUCAACUCAUCGCACCAUCCUUUUGCUGGUGCCCGUUGCUCUUCUCCAGCAGGAGCAUCGGACUCGCCGUUUGUUAGAUAAAUAGUCUUGCAAUCAACAGAACUCUUCUUCUCCAAAACACAACAUUUGCAUCACUUUUUGUCUAUACAUCUGUACCCAUCAAAACUCGAAAGCAUUCAAACAAUUGCAGUUCUUGCUUUACCUACACACAUACAUCAAUUCUAAGACACUCUCAAACACCUUACUUCAAAACAAGAACUUUCAAGCACUUUUAAGAACUUUUCGAGUUUUCAAAUCAAUCAAGAUGGCUCCUCACGCAAACGGCUCCAGCAACACCAGCACUAUGGAUGGUGCAUCCUCCCAACCCUCUAACCAAGACUUGUUCACCGUCAGCUCUCCUAACGUUAUCUACACUGAUGACGAGAUUCGCUCAAAGUACAAUUAUCGUACUACCGCUGUCACUCAGUCCGCCAAUGGUAACUUUGUUGCUACCCCCAAAGAUACUGUCUAUGACUUCAAGGUUGAACGUAAGAUCCCCAAGACAGGUAUGAUGCUUGUCGGUUGGGGUGGAAACAAUGGUACAACUGUCACUGCCGGUAUCAUUGCUAAUCGUCGCGGUCUUUCAUGGGCAACUCGCGAGGGUACCCGUGAGCACAAUUACUAUGGCUCUGUUGUCAUGGGCUCAACCAUGAAACUUGGUACUAACGCAAAGACUGGUGAUGAUGUCAACAUUCCUUUCCACAAAGCUUUGCCAAUGGUUCACCCCAAUGAUUUGGUCAUUGGUGGGUGGGAUAUCAGCGGCUUCAACUUGGCUGAUGCCAUGGAUCGUGCUGGUGUCCUUGAACCUACCUUGAAGCAACAAAUCAAGAAGGAAAUGACUGACAUGGUUCCACUUCCUGGUCUUUACUACCCAGAUUUCAUUGCUGCCAAUCAAGAAGAUCGUGCCGACAACCUUAUUCCAGGUAGCAAGGCUUGCAAUGAACAUGUUGAAAAGAUCCGCCAGGACAUUCGUGACUUCAAGGCCAAGAACGAUCUCGACAAGGUCAUUGUUCUUUGGACUGCCAACACUGAACGUUUUGCUGAGCUCAUUGAUGGCGUUAAUGACACUGCCGAGAAUCUCUUGAAAGCUAUCGAGAACGGGCACGAAGAAGUUGCUCCAUCCACCAUCUUUGCUGUUGCUUGCAUUCUCGAAAACGCACCUUUCAUCAACGGCUCUCCACAAAACACAUUUGUUCCUGGUUGUAUUGAGCUUGCGGAGAAGCAUAAAUCCUUCAUUGGCGGUGAUGACUUCAAAUCUGGUCAAACCAAGAUGAAGUCUGCUCUUGUCGACUUCUUGAUCAGUGCUGGUAUCAAGCUUACUGCCAUCUCCAGUUACAAUCAUCUUGGUAACAAUGAUGGAAAGAAUCUUAGCUCUCAGAAACAAUUCCGUUCCAAGGAGAUUUCGAAAUCCAAUGUUGUCGAUGACAUGGUAGCUGCAAACAAUGUUCUCUACAAGGAAGGUGAACAUCCUGAUCAUUGUGUUGUCAUCAAGUACAUGCCAGCUGUUGGUGAUAACAAGCGUGCUCUUGAUGAGUACUAUGCUGAAAUUUUCAUGGGAGGUCAUCAAACCAUUUCUCUCUUCAAUGUCUGCGAGGAUUCUCUUCUUGCUUCACCAUUGAUCAUUGAUCUUGUUGUCAUUGCAGAAAUGAUGACUCGUAUUCAAUGGAAGGCACAUUCUACUGAUGGAGUUACGACCAAGGAUUACAAGAACUUCCACAGUGUUCUUAGCAUCCUCAGUUAUAUGCUCAAAGCACCUUUGACUCCACCUGGAGCCCCAGUUGUUAAUGCACUUGCCAAGCAACGUGGUGCUUUGAUCAAUAUCUUCCGUGCUUGUGUUGGUCUCGAACCAGAGAAUGAUAUGACGUUGGAACACAAGCUUUAUUAGGUUGUGUAUCUGGUCGGAGAUUGUGAAUUAUUUGGAAUUCAUGGUGGGAUUUGAAUGGAUUCUUGAGUUGCUUUUUAUUCUUGUUUACCACAUGGUGAUACCUAAGUACCAUGCAUUCACUCAUUACCUAGAAUAGUUUUACCGAAAAUUGAAGUACA